AUGGGUUACAAAAUACCGACGUUACAGGAAUUAUUAGAUUUGCAGCAGCAGCGGCAAGACAACAAAAAUGAGCCAGUGACCAUUCAAGAGCAGAAGCUGCCUUUACAAGCUACGUUGGUGAUGUUCCAUGACUUUCUUAGGAAGACACAUUGUGAUGAGAACUUGCAAUUCUGGCUUAUGACAGAUCCAUUUGUGUCUCAGGAGCAACAGCAGCUAGGCCGAGCUAUGGGAAAUUGGAAUCGGAUAUAUGACACUUUCAUUAGGCAGAAUUCCCCUAAAGAGUGUAAUUUUCCGGAAAGUAUUAGGACAGUAUUUGAUGACCAUUACUCGCUCCAGUCUAUUCCCGAGAGACAGCAAAUCGAACUUGCCAGGAAUCAUAUUUUGAAUCUUUUGGAAGAUGCGUACACUAGAUUCCAUCGACAUCUUUUGGAUAGCUGCAACAUUAAUAACGGUAAAUUCAAGCCGUUCACCCAUCAAAAGUCUGUUUCUGCGGGGAGUGCUGUCAACAGUAAUUCUUCCUCGGCAUAUCAAAGUGCGCCGCGCUACCAUCGUAACUCAUUAUCCAGACCACCACUAAGAAUUUCCAAUUCGGAUGCUGAUCCUAGAACAACACGACGGAUGAGCGAAUGUGCUGUUAGUGACGAUGAUGAUGAAUGUUACUUAUCGGUGUACUCUGAAUCCACACGGCCAUCGUCGUCAAGAAGACUUUCUAUUUCGACGAAGCAGCGUCAGCAGCAUCUGUCCACAUCUGCUCUAUCCGGCUUACACAACAACGCCGUGUCCUCUUUGAGGGCGUCCAAGAGCAACCCACAAACUGUCGCUAUCCUGGAAGGGAACGCCAGAAACACUUCCUGUUCUAUACUUAUGAAUACAGCGGCUACCACGGCCUGCAAACUAAAAACCCGAAAGCAAAUUUUUAGCAAGUUUAAGUUCGGGAGAAGGAGUAGCAGCAGCAGUAGCACGUCAUCAAGUUGA